AGUGGUGACAGACUUGCUCAUGGGCGGAGGCGGAGCACCGGAGCUGACAACCGAGCGACACUCUGCCUGAUGCUCGGCUGUCUGUGCGUCCGUCAAAGGCAGCAGCAGCGGAUGCGCCCGGUCCAUGCUGGUUUUAAGUCCGCUAAGAAGCCACUAGUCCAAUUAACCGAGAGGAGGAGGAGGAGGAGGAGGAGGAGGAAGCGGCGGCGGAAAUCCACGCAUAGUAGGCUCUUAAAGCCCACCUCACUCCCUCACUGCUCCCUCGGCUGGACGAUGGAUAUGAGCGCCGCCGCUCCGGCUCAUGAGGACGACCUGAGACGACAGCCCGCCACGAAGAAACAAGUCGGACCAGAAGCGACACAAAUGAGACGCGGGUGCGUUUAGAGCGGUCGUAGUCGCGAGUUCGAGGCUCACACAAUAAGCUGCCCCCCCCCCCUGUUAUAGGCCCUGUACGCGCGUCACUCGGAGUUUCCUCGGGACUGUCGGUGAAGGUGACUCGUCAACAUGGGACCGUGCACUGAUGUGCUGCUCGUCACUGCAAACGUCGGGUCGCUCUUUGACAAUGUGGGUGAAAUUCAAAAUGAGUGGUUACAAGAAUUGUAUAAGACUAUCCACAGCCAUAACCCGCAGUUCAUCGCCCUGCACUUCCAGGAGGUGGGAGGAAAGGACUACAUGGUUAACAUGGGCCAUGCCGAAAACUUCUUUUGUAACAUUGAGUCCAGUGAGGAAAUGAAAGACUUUGACAGGGUCUGCAUCUAUGUGGACAACCAGUUCCACGUAGAAGACAGCUUCACGGCUUUGGGGAGCUUGUACUUCAUACACAAGACACUGAAAAACAUCUAUCAGUAUGAUUUUAAUGUUAAGGAUUUUAAAGCAGUGUCGGGACAAAACAAGCAUGUGGGCUCUCUGGACGGGGUCACCACAGUGGAGAAAGAAAAAUUCCCUAAGAAUUUCUGGCCUGAUUUCAAGUGGUCCAGAAAAGGCUUCAUGAGGACCCGCUGGAUUAUACACAACCAAGGUCUGGACCUGGUAAAUGUCCACCUGUUCCACGAUGCCUCCAACCUCGUUGCCUGCAACUCCAGUCCAUCCAUUUACUCAGCCAACCGCAAAAACGCUCUCAGAUAUGUCAUCAACAGGAUAUCAGACAGCCGCUACACUCCUCUGCCUUUCCUACUCUUUGGAGAUUUCAACUUCCGUCUGGACACACUAAGUGUGGUCCAGCAUCUGUCCACAGAGACAGAUGUGCAGACAGUGAAGAAGGAAUGCAGUAAUGAAGUGGAAAAGAUCAUCUGCGAAGAAAAGGACAAUGACCACCAGGUGCUGCUCCGCAUUGAGGAGAAGCUGUUUGCCUACCUGCACCAGGCGUCUUUCAGGGACGAAAAUGGCAAAGCGCUUUUGAAGUAUGACAAAGAAGUUGCAGCCUUUCAUGAUGUUAUUAAGGAAGAGGACAUCAAGUUUCCACCCAGCUACCCCUACAGUGAGGAGUACGCUAAACCGACCCAGUACAUGAACACUCGCUGCCCUGCCUGGUGUGAUCGUAUCCUCAUGUCGCAUACUGCCCAAGAAUUAAUCCACAAGGGAGUUGACGAUGAGAAGAGAGUUGUUUACAACACAGUGGGUCCGAAUGUCUGUAUGGGAGACCAUAAGCCGGUGUACUUGUUCUUCUCACUGAAGACAAAUGACCAUUGACUUGGAUCCUUCUCAAUGCUCUGCCACAGUAUCGGUACCAGAGGAUAAUCAGCAUGGUGGUUACCCGGCACAAACCCAUCUAUCCAGCCAGCAGCGGGUCUCGAUUCAGCUAGUACCCGCUGUUAAAACCCCGUCCUCACAUCCCCGGUGUCUCACGUAUGACUGUCUCACUGCCACAUUCUGCCGACCGCAGCCUGAGUGAUACGAGCACUGAUUUAUCAGCAGCUUUUAUUGAUUUCUGGGGCAGUUUUCCAGAUUAUCUACUCACCCUUAGAUCUUAAAUCCUGUUACCUGAGAGCUCAGCAAGGAUGUUCUCUCUACUCCUGCCUGCAUCCAUGGAGACGAAGAAAUCAUGUAAAGACUGAAGUGUGUCACCGUGCACCAGCCCCUUUACAUGGAAACGUACGCAAACCAGUUUGUAGUUGUUGCAUUUCUUUUUCAAUAUGUGUCAGACAAACCCUACCACAAAUGUGCUCAUUCCUUAUCAGCCCCAAAAUAUUUUCAGUCAGACCAUUUUGUUCCAUCUGGAUUGAAUAGCCUCCACUUAAAUAAGAAGUUUAAUUCAGCAAAUCAGAAUCCAGUAUCAUGACACUGCUGUAAAUAACGCUAAACAUUACGAACAACUUUAUUAUAUGCCACUGAUAUUGAUCAAAACAAAAAAAUAUAUAAGAUCUCUAAUACCAAGAAUUAGACAAGUCCUACUGACUAUGUGCGUAUACUUUUAGGAUUGUAGAAAAAUCCUACAACAAUUGUAGAUUGUUGUAGGAUGUUAUUCCCCAGAGGAAACACGCUGAGUAAUGCUGCGACGCCAGUUUGUUUUCGACAUAACCAGAUGCCUUCUAAAGAUAAAACAACAUAUUGCACGUACUUGUACCUACUGUACUUUCUCACAGCGGCUUUAUUUACAUCACAUCUCUUGAUUACAUACCAAAAUGACUUACUUACACGUACAAAAUAUGUGAAAAAAUGUCAAUAGACAGUGGACAAAAGGCCGAUAACAUUUUAUAAAGCAACAACAAACCGCCUACAGCUGUUUUGUCUGUUUAUGAAUACAGCGUAGGAGCCACAUUUUUUAGUAUAACACAGCAGCAGAAAGGUUCACCCUGUUGAAGUAAAAAUACCGUUCUUUUGCUUUUAUUCUUAUGUACCAACUGUAUGUCAAUACCAAGUGCUUUAUUCCACAACCUGUAACUCAACAGUUCUGAAUUUUAGCCGUCCCCACUUAGAGAAAGUUUUCUUUACAGUUAGUCUAAAAUCUUUUCCACCCUGUUCUGGUUCUCAUUUACUUUAUUUUAUUAGCAAAGUAAUGAUACUGUAGAUACUGUACUCCUAACUGUACUUUAUGGGUAUGGAUGUUUCCAUCACACAGCUUCACUUGAACUUCACAAAAUGCUUGCAUAUACAGUACCAGUCAAAAGUUUGGACACACCUUCUCAUUAAACUACUUUGAAGAAUCUAAAAUAUAAAACACAUUCUGGUUUGUUGAGCAUUUGUUUGUUUACCACAUAAUUCCAUAUGUGUUCCCUCAUAGUUUGGAUGUUUUCAAUAUUAAUCUACAAUGUAGAAAAAAAUAAAAAUAAAAAUAAAGAAAAACCAUUGAAUGAGAAGGGGUGUCCAAACUUUUGACUGGUACUGUAUACAGUUCAUGUGUGCACCCACAGUCAACACAGAAGGCACUGUUUGCUUUUGAAUUGUUUUUUGUCUCAUAUUGUUUUGUUGAUACAUAGUCUAAUACUGUAGCACCUGUGCUGUAUAAUAUCUUUGAUGUGUUAAUUAUUGGUCAGAUUUGUGACUGUGCACCAGCCCCUUUACAUGGAUGUGUAUGCAAACCAUUCUUUCUUUUUCCUUAUUGUAGUUGUUGCAUUAUUUUUUUUAAAUUAGCCUUUUUCUGACAGGCAGUUUCAGACAAACCCCACCACAAAUAUACUCAUUCCUUAUUGGCCCUAAAUAUUUUAUUAAACUUCUUCAGUCAGUCAGACCAUUUUGUACCAACUGGACUGCAUAGCCUCCACUCAAGAGGUUUUAAAUUAGCAGUUUAAUUCAGUCAAUCAGAAUCCAGUGUCAUGAAACUGCUGUAAAUAAUGUUUAACCAAACAUUACGAACAACAUUAUUAUAAGCCACAUAUAAUAAUGGAAACUAAAAAAUGUAUAGGAUCUCCAAUAUCAAGGAUAGGGCCAGUUUUUAUGACUGUGUUUUUAUUUCUGAGAUUUAUUUUGUUUAAGUUGUUUACUAUCACUGUAAACAAGAUUAUAUUCCACAGGGGAAACAUUGUUGAGGAAUGCUGCUAUACCAGUUUGCUGUCGACCCUACAGUUCGGCCAGAUGCCCUCUAUACAUAAUA